CACUGCAGAUUCCGGGAACCUGCCGCCCGGACCAGUGCAAUCCACCGCCGCGCCCGGGAGCACUGACCUCGUCAGGAACAAAAGCUAUCACCUCCUCUAAACGAUCUUGCGGCGCCACCCAUCAGGCGCGCAAGCCUAUAUAAAGCGCGGGCAAACCCCCCCACCUCAUCUCAUCUCACUCCAGACUUCCAGAGCCAGCUGCAGCUAAGUUUGAUUUGAACCAGCAGCUUAAUUUGAUUCAGCGAUCGAUCUCGGUUGGAGUUCUGCGAACGCGCGUGCGUAGGCCCACACGUACGUUCAACGGAUAGUUGAGAUCAUGGACAGCAAGCUGGGCGUGCAGCACAGGCACCACCACCACCACCACAACGGCGGCAUCUCCAAGCCGCCGGUGCACCACCACUACGGCGGCAAGAGGGGCGCCGGGAGGCAGGGUGGAGGAGGCGGCGGGAAGGGGAUCAAGGUGGUGUACAUCUCCAGCCCCAUGAAGCUCACCGCCAGCGCCGAGGAGUUCCGCGCCGUCGUGCAGGAGCUCACCGGCCGGGACUCCAACGUCGCCGACCACGACCUCGCCGGCGGGGCCUACUACGCCGGCGAGCCGGCGUCCUCCUCCUCGUCCUACUCGUCGUUCGGACGCGUCUCCCCGACGGAGGCCGGCCCAUGCGCUCUGCCGCCGACGAUGGCCACGGGGGCGAGCGUCGGCGCGGAACGCGCGAUGGCCGCGCCGCCGCCGUUCCAGGGCAUGUACGAUCAAACGGCCGGGAACUUGCUCUACGGCCAGGACUACUGGUAGGGAAACGUACGGGAUCUUAUUAUUUCCCCCCUUUGCGAGAUUGAGAUUCCACAUGCCAUGCCUAUGAACAUAUGUCGAGCACGCCCCGUAUAUAUACGUAGCGUGUGUAUUUCCAUAAGGUAAGCGUGUGCGUGCAUGCUUUCAUGUUCUUGGGUCGUCGCAUCGUCGGCUCAUCGAUCGAUGAUCUUGUACUGCGUAUAUAUGGGCCAUAUGUUGAUACUAGCUAGAUGUAUCUAUACGAUUGUUUUGCCUUUUCAAAUUGGAUCUUAAUUUCUCCGCUCUUCA